UUCUGGACAAAAUUUACAAAUACUUAACCAAUUAUACAUAGAAGAUUUGCUUAAACCCCUUUGUUUUGAAAUGGAACAAUUGUCAAAAAUUAUUCCUCAACUCGAUGAUUACACGUGCCCCAUCUGUUUAAAUAUUUCUUGGAAACCUAUUCGUUUACAUUGUGGACAUGUAUUUUGUCAUCGAUGUUUAGUUAAAGCUGGACGUAAAGGGACACAAAAUUGUCCAAUUUGUCGAGCUAAAAAUGCUAUAUACGAUGCAGAUCAAGGCAACUUGGACGUAUCUCUAAUGAAUUUUCUAAAACUUUACUUUCCGCAAGAAGCGAAAAAAAAACAAAAAGCCAAUGAACGGGAACAAGCUAACGAAGAUGUUGAACUUAUAUUAGGUCUAAGAUUUAAUGAAAGACAAAGAUGUACAAUACAAUAA